CGACGUCCAUCCCGAACAGCUGUGAGCUCGUUCUGUGUUGACAAAAUACCCGCAAUAAACACAACGAAUGAGCGUUAUCGCCGUUGGACAUCCGCUCAAGUGGGUAGAAGGCGUAGUGUCCGGUUUAAUGGCUGUUUGAGAGAGAUAUUGGGUGCCUUCUCGCCAUGGCCACCGACAACAGAAUUCAUUUCUGGAGGAGAAACGCAAAGGUUCCCGGAAGCUUACAGUCAGUAUAUGGAGCACAGCACCCCCCUCUGGACCCACAGAGACACUGUCCAUUCCAAGACACUCCUAAGGCCAGCAGCAUCAACACCAAAUCCAAAAAAACAUCAACAUUCCACGAAUUUGCACGGAGCACCAAUGAUGCUUGGGACAUUGAUGAUGUAGAGGAUUACGAUAUGUUCUGUCUUAAACAGUCCUCAUCCUCACCUGUCCAAUCAAGAUCCAUGCCUCAAAUGCCCCACCUUAAACUCUUCAAAGCCCCAGAGGACACAGAGCCAGAGCCACACCCACUAGACAGGCAGGAGCCAAUCAGCACACAGCUGGAUCAAGAUGAAAUGGAUGAGGAGAGCGGUCCAGCCAAUGGCAGGGUGGCGAAGUCCUGUAGCGAUGUCCAGCUGAAUGUUAAUGCAGCACGCAAUACUCUGCAGAAACAGCAGUCACUUCCUGUACGGCCUGUCAUUCCGUUGGUUGCCCGCAUUUCAGACCAGAACGCAUCUGGAGCUCCGCCCAUGACGGUGAGAGAAAAGACGCGAUUGGACAAAUUCAAGCAGCUGCUCACCAGCCCCAACACAGACUUGGAGGAGUUACGAAAGCAUAGCUGGUCAGGAAUCCCACGUGAUGUUCGCCCAGUCACAUGGAGACUUUUAUCGGGCUAUCUUCCAGCCAAUAAGGAACGCCGGGAUCUGGUUCUCCAGAGAAAGAGGAAGGAGUAUUAUGGCUUCAUUGAGCAAUAUUACCACUCCAGAACAGAUGAGAACCACAGGGACACAUACAGACAGAUUCACAUUGAUAUCCCGAGGACAAACCCUUUGAUUCCUUUGUUUCAGCAGCCGCUGGUGCAGGAGGUCUUUGAGAGAAUUCUCUUCAUCUGGGCUAUCCGUCACCCCGCCAGCGGAUACGUGCAGGGCAUUAAUGACCUAGUCACACCCUUUUUUGUGGUUUUCCUCUCUGAAUUCGUAGAGGAGGAUGUUGAAAAUUUUGACAUGGCGAGUUUACCCCUGGAUACUCAGCGAAACAUUGAAGCUGACAGCUUUUGGUGCAUGAGCAAAUUGCUGGACGGGAUACAGGACAACUACACAUUUGCCCAGCCUGGGAUUCAGAUUAAAGUGAAGGCACUGGAAGAGCUUGUCAGCAGAAUAGAUGAGGACGUCCAUGUGCACUUUCAGAAAUGUGAAGUGGAGUACCUACAAUUUGCGUUCCGCUGGAUGAACAAUUUGCUGAUGAGGGAGCUGCCAUUACGCUGUACCAUUAGACUGUGGGACACCUACCAGAGCUUGCUGAUGCUCCUGCAGAACCUUCCCACAAUCCACUGGGGCAAUGAAGAGGUGGGUUUGCUGCUGGCUGAGGCCUACAGACUCAAAUACAUGUUUGCUGAUGCUCCAAGCCACUACAAGAGAUGAGAACCGUAACUGGACCUCACCCUGACUCCACAAACUAUGACUAUGAUUUGGAUAAGUCAAAACACCACUUCUUUGCUCGGUUUAAUCUGACACGACGAAGACAGGUCACCAAUUUUCUCUAAUGAUGUCAAAAAUUUGUCAUCGUUUGUUACAAUUCAUGAUCAAGGACAAGACAAAGUAAACAACCAAGAACAAAAUGGAUAUUUUAAACUAAAAAUAAUCUCUGCUGAGAGUUUCAUUUAAAGUCCGAUUAUUUGGGGAAAAUAACUGACAAUGAGAUGGCAAGGAAAAGAGAGCUUUUAUAGUAACGCAUAAAAGUAUCAAACUAAAAACAGAAAGGUCCUUCAAAACUACUGCUAACUUGUUUAUUCCGAAGAGUUUCCCCUUAUAUUUCUCUUUCUUUUUUUCUUUUUUUCUUUUUUUUACCUCUGAUGUGGUGGAACAACCCAUGCUUUUUGAUUUCUCACAUUUGCCGUUAUUACACCAUAAUGUCAUCUCCUUGGCCUCUUCGCUCAUUGCAACAUUGAUUGUACCACAGCAGGUACACGGGUCGAUUCCCGCCUGUAAUCACUCAGAGACUGUAUUAUUGAAUCUCUGCAAUACAUUAAGCUAUGGCAGCCUUAAAGGUCACUUCUCAAGAGACGCAGCCGAGCGUUACUGUCUGACCAAUUCGAAGAAUCAAUACACAACUGCUUGAGCGAUGUGUUUUGGAUUUCUUUUUUUUGUUGUUUUUUUUUGUUUAUUAUAAUCAAAACAAUGUGAAUUUAACAAUCUAAAAUGAGAACCUAAACUUUUAAAGUGGUGUUAUAUGUAUAUGAACCUCUUGCACAAUUAUUUCUUAGAAAGUGGUUCUUUUAGAGUUUUACCUUAAGUGCUUGACAACUACUGACGUGAUGUUUCAGCGCAGAUGGCUGAAUCAAACUGUGGUGAAAUAUGAGUAUUGGUUUAUGGGUGAAUCUCACGAAAACAUGAUCCAGGUAACACAUCAUCCCAAAAUCAAAAGAAAGACAUAAGAGAUUCUUGCUUGAAGAAAAUUGCCUUGUUUAUGACCAUUAUGAUUUUUUUCCAUUGAGACAUUAGUUAAGUGAAAAAAGUCCACAUCUUUUCAAAUAUUCAAAAAUGUAUUACAAAUGCAAUUCACACAAAUCAUAUACACUGGCGGCCAAAAGUUUGGAAUAAUGUACAGAUUUUGCUCUUAUGGAAGGAAUCUUACUUUUAUUCACCAAAGUGGCAUUCAACUGAUCACAAUGUAUAGUAAGGACAUUAAUAACAUGAAAAAUUACUAUUACAAUUUGAAAAAAAAAAAAAUCAGGACUUCUUAAACUACUUCAAAUUGUUCUCAUCAAAAAAAUCCUCCACGUGCAGCAAUGACAGCUUUGCAGAUCCUUGGCAUUCUAGCUGUCAGUUUGUCCAGAUACUCAGGUGACAUUUCACCCCACACUUCCUGUAGCACUUGCCAUAGAUGUGGCUGUCUUGUCGGGCACUUCUCACGCACCUUACAGUCUAGCUGAUCCCACAAAAGCUCAAUGGGGUUAAGAUCCAUAACACUCUUUUCCAAUCAUCUGUUGUUCAAUAUCUGUGUUUCUUUGCCCACUCUAACCUUUUCUUUUUGUUUUUCUGUUUCAAAAGUGGCUUUUUCUUUGCAAUUCUUCCUAUAAGGCCUGCACCCCUGAGUCUUCUCUUUACUGUUGUACAUGAAACUGGUGUUGAGCGGGUAGAAUUCAAUGAAGCUGUCAGCUGAGGACACGUGAGGCAUCUAUUUCUCAAACUAGAGACUCUGAUGUACUUAUCCUCUUGUUGAGUUGUACAUCUGGCCUUCCACAUCUCUUUCUGUCCUUGUUAGAGCCAGUUGUCCUUUGUCUUUGAAGACUGUAGUGUACACCUUUGUAUGAAAUCUUCAGUUUUUUGGCAAUUUCAAGCAUUGUAUAGCCUUCAUUCCUCAAAACAAUGAUUGACUGAUGAGUUUCUAGAGUAAACUGUUUCUUUUUGCCAUUUUUGACCUAAUAUUGACCUUAAGACAUGCCAGUUUAUUGCAUACUGUGGCAACUCAGAAACAAACACAAAGACAAUGUGAAGCCUUAUUUAACGAACCAAAUAGCUUUCAACUGUGUUUGAUAUAAUGGCAAGUAAUUUUCUAGGACCAAAUUAGCAAUUUAGCAUGAUUACUCAAGGAUAAGGUGUUGGAAUGAUGGCUGCUGGAAAUGGGGCCUGUCUAGAUUUGAUCAAAAAUCUACUUUUUUCAAAUAGUGAUGGUGCUGUUUUUUUACAUCAUUAAUGUCCUGACUAUACUUUGUGAUCAGUUGAAUGCCACUUUGGGGAAUUAAAGUACCAAUUUCAUUCUGAAACAGCAAAAUCUGUACAUUAUUCCAAACUUUUG